GCAGAUCGAGGUGACGGAGACCGCGUGCAACGGCUGCAAUAAAAAGAUGUAUCUCUCUAAGAUGCGGAGCCAUGCAGCUUCUUGUUCAAAGUACCAGAAUUACAUAAUGGAGGGUGUAAAAGCUGUAACUAAAGAACCACUUCACAACACCAGGAAUUUUCCAAAUCGCUUUACCUUUCCUUGUCCGUACUGCAGUGAGAAAAACUUUGAUCAAGAAGGACUAGUAGAACACUGCAAAACACUGCACAGCAUGGAUGCAAAACAAGUGGUCUGCCCAAUUUGUGCCUCAAUGCCUUGGGGAGAUCCAAACUACAGGAGUGCUAACUUUAUGGAGCACCUUCAAAGGCGGCAUCGCUUUUCAUAUGAUACUUUUGUGGAUUAUGAUGCUGAUGAAGAUGAUAUGAUGGCACAGGUUUUGAUCCGUUCUUUGCGUGAUAAAUGAACCAAGUAGAAGAUUAACUGUAAAACCAAGCCCCCAUGAGGGGGGAAGUGCCCACCUUCCUUGCGUUUCUUCCUUUACAUCCCAAGAUGAACUCAGGCAUCCAGAAAUAUGGAAGACUCUUUAAUAUCUAGCUCUUGGUUUCGAAUCCUGGUUUGGACUUUCUGUGUCAUUUGGUCUCUUGUUAGCAUGUUGUAUGCUGGGCAACCAUGUCAGCCUAAUUUUCUUACUAGCUUCACACAGAGUUUAAUGAUAGAUCCUUUUUUUUCUGCAUUUUUGUUCAUUUGAGUUUUUAAAGGCAAAAACAUUCCAGAAGGAGUAGCCUGAGCUAGUCAGUAAAUAAGUCUCCCCAGUCUCUGAUUUACGCUUCYUAAAUGAUGCAGUCAGAGGUGUAUGCACAGCUCUGGUUCAGCAAGAGCUUGGGCGUCAGAUGGAGUUGUCAGAUCGGUUCUCACUUCAAGUGACCUAUAAUAACUGUGACUCCGUAAUAUUUGCCAGUGUUUGAAUUCUCAUAGUCAGCCUCACAACUAUAUAAAUAUUCACACUUCCCAAGCAGAUCUGUGCAACUACGUAAGAAACUAGUUCAAAAUACUUAAAUUUUAUGCCUACUGUUUUCUUCCGUACUGUGACAAAGAUAGCUUCUAACCUGGAAAUCAAAAUGUCUUAGUGUGUUGUUUUUUGAAGAUGAAAUUUAAGUAAUAUAGCAAAUAAUAUUCAUAUUUGCUGGCUUUGAUUCAUGAUAUUGGCAUUAGUUUUCUCAAUUUGAUUUUAAACCUUAUGUUAACAGAGGAAUUCUGAAGUUUUUUGAAAUGAUGCUGCUGCUUAUUUAAACUAAAAUUUUCAUGUAUGUAUUUAGUUUUUACAUCCCUCAGGGCAAGUUGGUUUAAAAAUUAUAUAUAUUUACAAUCCAUAGGGCUCACAUGGUACUACUUUUCUGCCUUUCAAUUUGAGCAAAURUUUUGAAUUCCUGAGCUUCAUUUGAAUGUCACUAAAGUAGCUGAACUUGUGCAUAGAUUGUUCUCCAUAUAAUGUAUGUAUGAUAUAGUUAAACAGUAAAAGUAAAAUAGAAACCAGAAGGUAGGAUGACUAUUCCAAUACAUGGUAAAUGGAUUUAUUCCAUUAUUUAACGUUGCUCUGUUAAUUACAGAGCUUCCUUUUCUUAGUUCAGCACCUCAUUAAUUAAAUAAUCAAGAUACUGUGAUCCAGUCAGCUGAGGCACCUGAUGCGAGCGUGUAAAUCAGCAUAGGACUGAGAUCUCAGUACACAGUGACUUGGCAGCGGGAUGCUUGGCGUGGUGGACCUGCACCACCACAGAACUCGCCACUGAUCAAUUUGGCCAGCAGAUUUAACUUUGCACUCUGCAGAUGGCAGCACAGCCUUACCCUGAACCAGGAGGUAACGUGAUAUAAUCCAGCUCAAACCACUUUAUUGGACUGUGUGUCCAGACAGACCUCUAAUGUAUUUAAUUUGAAUUGGGUUUGGUAAUUUUCACAGACUUUGUACAGACUAGUAUGGAUUCAUGCUUGAGUAUAUGCUUGGUGACUGGGUGGUCAGUCCCAGGAGAAAAAGAAGAAAAUCUCAUAGUGCUCUGGAGAAUUAAUUCUGUAUUUUGAGUUUUUAAUGCUUAAUCUGCWAAGAGAUUAUGAUGCAUUAGUGGCUGGGUUGGGGACUUCAAGGUUCUGUUGAGAAUCAAGUUUUGUGAUACUGAUUGACCUGAAACUAGAUUUCUGCUACUAUUCUAAGUGCACUUCCAUGAAAUUCUGAUAAAAUGUUUCA